CAGAACGUUUGUAACCCGCAGAUAACAACAUGUGCGAUGUAACAGCAUCGAUGCUACAGAUGCUGCCAUUCCAUCCGGGAUUGCGGCAACAAGCAGGAAGUUGGACUGGGGAUGGCGAUGAACAGUGUGGAUAUGUGUGUGUGUGCUGGGCUUCCUUGAUUGGACUUCUGUAGGAACAGUAUGGACAAUGUUUCUAUGGGCAUAAUGGUGGGCAGUGACCUUCGACCUUAUGCCUGUCAAGUGUGUAACAAACGCUUUACACAGAAGGCCCACCUCAUCACACAUAAGCGGACGCACACAGGAGAGAAACCUUAUGCUUGUCACAUCUGCCACAAACGAUUUGCCCAGUCCUCGCACCUGAACACACACAAACGUAUCCAUACAGGUGAAAAGCCCUACUUCUGUACUCUCUGUAAUGUGGGCUACUGUCGUAAACAACGACUAGAGCUUCAUCUUCUACACCAGCAUUCCCGUGAGGCACUCGCCGCGGCCAACAUCACCAUUCCUGAUGACCUGAAGCUUGAAGCCCAAGGUCAAGAAAAUCCUGCUCUUAAUCUUCUUGAAUUCCAGGAAUCUAGCAUUGUGUUUCCAAACAAUGGACAAAUGAACAGUAUAGCUGGAAACAUAGAUAGGGCAAGUCCAAUGGACUCAACUGUUUCAAGUUUUGCAUCCAGUCGACGGAAACCUUCCGUGGUGAAGCGGAUCAAUCUCAGUGACCAAGAGGAAAACGAAAACCUGAUAAAGAGUGAGCCAAUAGAUGGCGGUGAAUACAUGGUGACAGGCAGUGGAAGUACCUCCGAGGUAGGGGAGGGACUUUUUACGCGUGACCAGGUUGACACCAGUUAUAAUGCAGGGCAAAAUAGUAGCGAGAAGGGCAGGUCAACAGGUAGGUCAACAGGUAAGGGGUCAGAGGUCACAGAGGCUUGUGGGGUGAGCACUACUGAUAUGAACAAUAGCGGGUCGGGAGAUGAAAUCGAGGGAGACGGAGCUAGUGUGACUAGCGAGAGUAAUCUGUCUGGGUCAGAACAGAGCUUGCCCACAUCUGUACGCAAACGUUCAAUGCUGUCUUAUUCCACUUUGGGUCGCAGUCCGAAAUCUGUCAAACGACAUCACCAGCAACACGCUAACAAUACAGGGGGACAGAGAAACACACUCCCUACUUACCAGCAGCAGAUUGGCACAAAUUCCCGUAUCUGUCUGGUCAACUUUACGAGUGAUGACCUGAUCACGCAUCUCAUGUCGCGGGAUGAUGUUUAUCGGUGUGAUUUCUGUUGCAUUGUAUUCCAGGAUGCUGCUAUGUAUCAUCUCCACCGUAGCAUGCAUGAAAAGAUGGAUGUACGAUGCUGUAACCUGUGUGGUAAGCUGGCCCAGGACAAGUAUGACUUCCUUGCUCACUUUCUUAGCGAACAUAAGUGAUUUUGAAAUUUUUCAUUUGUAACCUAAAUGCAACUGAAAUGUAUUUCACUUUUUUUUCUUCCAAAGAAAAGAAAUUUCUCUGUUUUUUCUCCACUCUUUUUUUUUUUUAAAUUUGUUUUUGCUUUGUUUCAAAAUAAAUUGUUGUAUUUAGUUCCAAAAUACAUAUACUGUAUGUUCCCCCCGAAUAUUUCAGUGUAUACAUUGCUGAAAAGGCAUCUUCUAUUAACAUAUGUUGAUUUAAAAGACAACACAUACAUUGUUAGGGGGAUGCGACAUUCUAUGGGCCAAGGUUUCAGAUCAAUUAUCUGCAUGCCAUGAUGUAUUGAUGACAUUGUUGCUUGGUUUGAGUAUAUAUAUACAGCCAAGAUCACAGGUACUAGUCGCAUUUGAUUUUUUAUGUCUUUUCAUAGUAAGCAGAUAGGUAUGCAUGACAGUGUUGACAAUGGAAUUUGUCAAACUUUAUGUGGCAAUCCGCCUCUUUAUCUGGACACAAAAAGGAAACAAUUAUAUUACAUAAAAUAUGUAAAAGAGAAAACGAUAGUUUUUAUGCUUAUUUUUAAGCAUAUUCCUUCAGCCAGUUGCAAGCUGAAGGCCAUUGAUAGUGAAAAAUCCAUUUUUAAAGGAUUGUGGAUAAGUCUUCAAAUGCUGUUGAUUGUUAUCUAAAGUUGCAAUAUGAAAAAAACUGAAUGUCGAAAAAUCAGGUUGUCUCAGCACGUUGGGAUGGCAGAAGUUAGGAAAUUAUGUAUUAUGUAACAGUAAAAUAUAGUAAAGUAUGUAUUAAUAGCAAUACGAAGGAAACAUGUUUUGUAACCAGUACUUGUGGAUGAAGUAAGAAUCAUAUGCAACUGUGUAGAUCAUAUUCCGACUAUAUGGUUGCAUUUUUGGAGUACUAUUGCAAAUGCAACUGUUUCAGGAGAGCAAGCAUGCAAGUUAUUCAGCUCUGCAUGAAAGUCUCUUUUCCAGAACUUGGAAAUAUUUUCCGGUAUUAAUCAUUUACAAAUGAAUUAAAAUAUUAACUCAUCUGUAACCUUGGCCUGUAUCUAUGUCGUUUAAUUGCUGUAAAAAUGUUACAAAUAUGUAUGUGCUUUGUAACUACAUGUAAUUAUUUAUCUAACACAAUUCUACCGAGGCUGUACUAUAACCUACUAAGCUGUGUUACUGUUAAGUUUAAGUGUGGAUCAUGUCUAGUAUAUAUUAUACAAUGUAUACAACAGUCUCCAUCACUACCGAAAACAUUAUUUCUAUUAGUUAGCUUUUUUUGCAUAAAUUUGUUAAUUGUUUUUAUGUACUAACAUAUAUGGUGAUACACUUAAAAUAAUGAUAGAAGUCAUAUUAACUGAUUCAUCCCUGAAGACACAUUUGAACUCUUCUAAUUCAAACGUUGGAAUAGUUCAUUAUGAAAUUUCGGGGUUGAAUGAGUUGAAGUAGAAAAAUGUACAGUAUGUGUAUAUUUAUAGUUUUAAGUUGUAAUCUUUCAAGCAGAAUCUUCAUUUGGAAAGUUUCGCUCAUAAUUAGUCUAACAAGGUUUGUUAAAGUGUGAAUUCUUGCCACACUACUUAGGAUGUUAGCACUAUAGAGUUUGCAGAGUAUAUUAGCACCUGAAACAAAGUAAGAAUACAUUUUUGAUAAAAUUAUAUCUAUCAAAGCUGUCUAACUAAGUGCACAAUCAAAGAUUAGCUUUGAAAUAUUACAGCAUCAGAGAAUUGCAGAUCUCCCUCACCACCACCAAAAAAGGAGAGCUUCAAAUCUCAAUUACAUAUGUAAGAUAUUAUAAGCAUAGCACCAAAACUAUAGCUAUGAUUAGACUACUUAAUGGUAUAUUUGAACAAAACACAAUAGUAUGACUAAAAUCCAUUAACUGAUGUAUUCCCUUAAAGAUUGUCUGAAUCCAGAAUACCUGUAGAAUUAAACAUCGAUAGUCACCUGAAGUUUCAAUUGCACUGUAAUAAUAGUGAUAAGUAUUUUAAACUUAAGGAGACUCAUACCAGUGCUAAAAACUGAAACUAUACAUUUAAAACUGAUUUUUCAGGUACAACUACAGCUUUGACAAAUAUUUUUUGAAAAGAAAAGUAAUAACAAAAUAUGGAACGCCAGUAGUGUUGUUCUAAAAAUAAAAAGUGAUUGUAGCAAGACCAGGAUUCGAACCCAGGACUUUACUUCAAAUCGUUAUACUUUUGCUAUAACCAAUUUAAAACACUGUACUUGGUCAACGGAAUUGUCAUGGUCCAACUGUGCUACAGAUAUAUCCAAUACAAAUUAAGGGGAAGUUACUGUUUAUACAUAAAUCAAGCUGCUGUCAGACAGGGAUCCUCGAUAUAACCUACCUUUAUCAACCAGAAUAAUUGUAACUGUACACAUUUGAACAUAUUUCUACCAGUCAGAGUCAUUGUAACCCUAUACAAAUACAUUACAAAUCUUUGCCAUUCAGAAUCAUUUUAACCCAAUACAUAAAAAAUAUAAUAAAGACUUUUUGUCCAAAAUAUUCACAUUAUCUUGUAUGUUUCUCUAUAAAAAUAAUUAUUCAAGUUUUUGUUGAGCAAGCAAUAUUUGUUGUACCGUCAGGUAUGUAAGUAUGUGUAUACCAUUCAUCUAUAAUUAGACAUGUUCCAUUAUAAUUAUACAUGUUCCAUUAACUGCAGUGAUACAUUACAUGCUUAGUUUUGAAAAACAAACAGCAGACUGAAUUCUUUGAUUUCUUUGUUUUGUUUUGAAAUUUGUUAAUUAAUGAUAUAAUUAUUGAAGGUAACAUAAUGUGUAUCUGUUUAUACUUUUUUUAUGGAAUACAGAUGUACCAUCACACAGUCAAUGACAUUACAGUGUAUUACUAAUAAGGAAUUAAGGGUAUAUGCUACCUUUCUGUGACAUCACCAAAUUUCAAAAAAGAAUUCUACACUUAAGGGUAUAUGCUACCUUACUGAGACCUGUAUCACCAUUCAAAAAGAGUUGCACACUGAUUGAAAUACCUCCUUUACCAAAGAGUUCUUUGUUGUACGCUAUUUUACUGUGAUAUAUUAGAUCCGUUUCAAGAUUGUGUCCUGCUUUCAGGAACCUGUAAGUUAUCUUUUAAUGAAUGGGAAAUCAGGACUUUAAAUUAGGAAAUUAUCUAUUCCACUCAGCUUAGGGUACACAUGAAUACAAGAAUUCAUAACACUUGUUAUUAUAUAAUGCUUAGGAAAGUGUUUUAAGGGAGAUUACUCUCAUUCCAGUCACUGGUUGAAUGUGUAAGAUGGCAUGUCUCUUUAAGGGAUCUAACUUUUACAUAAAACACAGGCAUAAUAGGUAAAGUUGCAUGUCUCCUGAGGGAAAUUACUUUAUCAUAAAUAACAAGUAUAAUGUAUAAGGUAGAAUGACUGAAUGUCUCCUUAAGGGAAAUAACUCUUACACAAAUCACAGGUAUAUAUUGUAACCAUUCCUUGUUUUCAAUCUGGGUGCCACUGUACAGUGUAUAAGAACUUUUUGGUAUGCUGUUGGUAAAAUUCCUAUAAUCUUUAUGAGCUCAUUUUGCUAUCAUUUUGAGGAAAAAAAUGGUUUUAUUUCAGAGUUAAAGAAAUUUAACUUUUUCUUUUUUGAAUUUUCUUCCUUAGGCUGUUUUCUUUCUGCUUAACUAUAUUUUUGUUAAUGACUGUUAUUCACCUAUUAUGAGUGCUUGUUUUGACUUUGGUGGAAAGCUAUAUUCACAAACACAUUUAAUGUAUAUUAAAUUCUCUUGCGGAACAAGUAAGCUUUAUAAAAAUUCUGCAAUAAAUAUGAUCACGAGCCUGAGGAAAAGAUGAGCAUGUAAAAAUAUAAGAAGUUUUUAUUGUCAUUAGAAUGUUCUCUGCUACCGAUCUAUAAACAGACUUAUUGUUGAUGAUGCUGACAUUAUAUAUGAUGUCUAUGUGAUAGUGUGUGAUUAUAUUACCAAUGUAUAUUGUAGAUAGGUUGUGUAUGGGUCGUGUCUUUGUUAUAAUACCAUACAUAAUGCCAAUUCGAGUUUUAUUCGGUGAUUAUUACGUCGGAUAGUAUCCGAAAUUUCCGUCGACAACUGAUAACAUUGUUGAUAAUUAUUUAAUUCAUGAAUAUCAAAUUACCAUAAUUAAGUUGCUGCUCUUUAAAAUUAAAACAAAUCAAUUUUACUCCAUAUAUGCUUCAGAAUAUGCAUGCUUCACUUAUCCUUAGUCGAGAUCAACAUUUCUAGAAAAAAAUGAAUCUCUACCUGUGGUUCUUUAGGGUCCCUUUUACCUUGAUAUUCACCUUUAUAUUAGGUAACACAUUUGCUAACAAAAGAAAAAGAAAAAAAGUUGUUACAAGUUUAGAGGUCAGUCCGUCACCUUAUAUUCAGAUAUAAUUUGAUUGCAUUCUCCUACUGAACUCCCGGUACUCCUUUCUAUAUUCAUGAUAUGCACAGUUUGCUUUGGAAUGUUGGUAGGUCAAAAGCAAAGGUCAAAUGCCAAGGUCAACAUCAUAUUGCUUACUGUAAAUAUAAUUUCAGUUUUAUAAGGUCUUGUAAUCCAGUGAGCGUGAGAAAAUUGAAACAUAACAAAAAUGGAGAAAGUUGAGACCAAAAAAAAUUUGCACAAUAUUUUAAUGAAUGAACACCAUAAUAACUUGUCCGAAUUGUUCUGACGUUUUAUCGACUUUUUUCAUAUCGGUCUGUCGUCGAUUAACGUCAGAACUCCGCCCCUCUAUAA